UCCGGCGAGAGGGGCGGAAAUGACGUUUCCCUUGGAAAAAAAAUAAUCUGUUGACGUUAUACUAGGCGAUAUAAAAAGUGGGGCGAGAAUCUUCCGGGCCGGAAGUGGGGGGAUGCUGUGAGGGUUGGGGGAGGGGCGUGCGUGAAGGGGAACUUUCCGUCAGCUGGCUGAGGGAAAAGGGUCUGAGGAGGAGGAGGAGAAGUACUCGGGGCAGUGAGGGCGGCGAGUGUCUUCCGCCUGGACGGGGAAAGGGGCUGGGGAGCCUGCUAUGGACUUCCACCGGAUCCUCAUGGUGGCCUCGGAGCAGCAGGGACUCAGCGCCGUGCCGUUCCUAGUGGGCUGCUGGGGUGACAGACUGGUCUUAUUCUGAAGUGAUUGCUAGAAAACAGUUUUUGAAAUGAAGAAAAGAUACAGUUUGGCAGUAGGUCCUCCCAAAAAGGAUCCAAAAGUUAAGGGUGUUCAUUCAGCAGCUGUGCAAGCUUUUCUCAAGCGGCAAGAAGAGGAACAGAAACAGAAAGCUCUUGAGGAAAAAAGAAGAAAAGAAGAACUUCUGGCGAAGCGUGUGGAAUUGAAACAUGAUCGAAAAGCAAGAGCUAUGGCUUCUCGGACAAAGGACAAUUUCCGUGGCUACAAUGGCAUUCCUGUUGAAGAGAAAUCUAAAAAGAGGCAAGGUCGUGAAAGUAGCUCAGAUAGAAACACAGAAGGGGGUGAAUAUGUGACAGGGGACGAAAUGGAACAGUUUGAGCAUAAUCAGACAGAUUCAGAGCCUGAAUUAGAAGAGUAUGAAGAAAAGCCAUCCAAACCAUCUGUUAAACCAAAGACAUCUCUUAGAGGUGCACCUCCAGUAAUGAAUUUUCAAGAUCUUCUAAAGUUGGCUGAAAAAAAACAACAUGAACCGGUUGAAAUAAAAGUUGUGAAAAAGACAGAGGAAAGGCCAAUGACAGCAGAAGAACUGAGAGAGCGCGAGUAUUUGGAACGGAAAAAUAGAAAAGGGAUAAUAUUAAAAGAAAAGAAAACAGAAAAAGAGGUGAAAAAUGUAAUUGCAUCAAGUUCUUCCAAAAAAGACAUUCCACAAAAAGAAUUUGUAAAAGCUAAAUUGGCCAAGCCUUCAACAGAGAAGAAUUCUCUCUCUAAAGGAAGGUUUUCCUCACAAGGUGACAGUGAUAAGAAAAUCAAAGGUUCAGCUAUAAAUGAAAGGCAUGCAAGUUUGACAGCUUCUUCCAAACCCAAUCAUUCUGAAAAAAUGAAACCCAUGCACAAGGGGCCUUUAAAAAGCCCAUCUAACAGCAGUCAUAUUAAACCUACAGCCAAUGGAGGUGGGAAAUCUGGGGUCAGCUCUCAUGCUCCAGCUUUGAAGACAAAUGCGAACAAUAUUCCAAGACAACCAUCUGUUAAAGAACUUGGUCUGAAAAAAGCUAGUGGCCAUACAAAACCAACUAGUAUGGCUUCUGUCCAGCCUGAAGGUGUUAAAACCCCCAGCUCCAAGCAAAUAAACAACACUUCAUCUGCAAGGAGUAGUUUGAUUGCUGGACAUGGCUCACAAGGCAUGGGACCUGGUAGAUCAGGAAACAGCUCAGGAUUAAUACAACGAAACAGUGGCUCAAGCAUGGGACCAGGCCGGCCUAGCAACUUAUCAACUGUAGGAUCUGGCCGGCCAGGCAGCAGUUCAGGGCCAGUGCGUCCCACCAACAAUCAAAGUAUAGGACCUGGCCGGCCAGGUGGUAGUCUAAGUGGACUGGGAAGAGGUAACAGCUCAGGAUCUGGACUGGGUCACUCAAGCAGCACUUUAAUUCAGACUGCAAAACCAAAGUGCACUGUUGUAUCAGAAACAAUUUCAUCUAAGAAUCUGGGCCCAAAGCAAGGAAGUGCCCCAAUGAAUGGAAUGAGGCCAUUUUCACAGCAAAGACCUGGCUAUCCAUCACAAGGUUUUCCAAGGCCUUCUCUUCCACCAAUAACAUAUAAAAGGCAAUAUGAAGAUGAAGAUGAAGAGGAUUCUGAAAUGGAAGACUUCAUUGAUGAUGAAGGAGAGCCGCAAGAAGAAAUCUCUAAACAUAUUAGAGAAAUAUUUGGCUAUGAUCGCAAUAGGUAUAAAGAUGAAAGUGAUUAUGCCUUACGUUACAUGGAAAGCAGCUGGAAAGAGCAGCAGAAGGAGGAAGCCAAAAGAACUCUUAGGAAAUGGACUCUCUUUUGGGCCUUCCUGAUCACCUGGGACAUGUUGCUUUUCCAGUUUGAGACUUGGAAUAAAAGAAGAUCUAGAAGAGCUGAAACGUGAAGAGGAGGAAUUGAAACGCAAGAAGCAGGCAAAGAAGCUAAGAACUCAUUAACUGAUUUGCCGCUACUGAUUUUCUUGUUACUCCUCCUUUGUCCCUAUUCUUCUGCUUCUCCCAGCUUUCAGCUACAGUUUUACUUUGCACACGAAAGAGUAACAAACUGUGCAGAAGAUGGAAAUCUAGAAAUAUGAGGUUGGCCUUCAUACUUAGUGGAAUUCUGCAGCUGAACAAGAAUGAUCUGGAGCAGAGUUUUUCCUCAAAUUCCCCUUUCCAGUUGUAAUUCCCACUGCCACUUUCUGUACUGUUGUGGAUCAUGGGCAGCUCUGACAGUGUAGCAAGUGGUGUUGGAACUUGAAGGGAGAAUCUGAGAAAAUUCCCAUCCCAGCACCUUCUUUUGUUAGGAGGCCUUUGCUUGGCUGUCAGUGCACUCCAUGGAUGGAAAAAGCCCUUAGGUUUAUGGAGAGCAACUCUACAUCUAAGCUGUGAUUCUGUAGCUUGGUCCCAAAACACUUAUUAAUAUCUGCCAAGGUUUUCUCUUUACAAAAUAAAUAAUGCACUAAUGGAGAAUUAGUUGCAAUAAAUGAAAGAAAUGAAUGUUACUAUUUUCAAAAGUAGUUCAAAGAUGCUAGCAAACUACUGAUAGACCGUGAACUGGCUUGCAUCAAGUGGGCCCACAAAUGAAUAAGCCAGUCUGUAUUCUUGUAUUAUUAUUUUAAAAUUAGGGCAUGCUUCUGUUCUCUCCUUUAAAAGGAGAGAACAGAAGCAUGCCCAAAUGAACAUUCACAUUUUUUGUUUAAGUAAAAGACAGAUUUUUUAAAAUGUAACUGUUAUUUUGACAUCAAUGUUAAUCUGUACUGUGAUUUCCUGUUUGAAAAGGGUUUCUGGAAAAGCAACAUACUGAAAAAUCAAAAUUUUUGACAUUACAUACUUUCCUGUACAACUAGCAACUGUGAAAUAAACAGUCAGCAGUAUCUAGCAUGCAGAAAGAGACAGCAGCAGCAGAUUUGCCAGUAUAAAUCCCUCCUGCCUGAUCUGCAAAAUGAACUUGCUGACGCUAGAUAUAGGGCUGUUUUGCUGGCCUACUGAAUUUCUUUUGGAGCCUUGGGGAAAACCCUGUGUAGUCCCAGUUAGAUUGAAGUUUCCCUUGAACUGGGAUUGUGCCCACUGCCUGAUACUUUCCUCUCCUGCUAUGCAGAAGAUUGAGUUGGGCUAUUUGUGUCAUUUAGAAAUUCUUCCAGUAUGAAAUAGGACCAAACUGAUCACUUUGCCUCCUAGCUGAAGCCUCAUUGCCAAAAAAUAAUAAAAAUAUAUCCUGAAAAAUGUACACUUUAAUGUUUUCUAUAUUAUUUUAUGACUUUCACUUAAUUAAUUUUAGGAAUAUGUUUUAAUAUAUAUUUCCCCACUUUUCCCCUCUAGUUUUAGAUUAAGUGCAUAUAGCGUAACACCUCCAAAGCCUACUGUACAUUACAGCUGUUACUUCAUCAUUCCAUCAUAUAUACUGGUUUAGUCUGCAUUCCAGUAUUCAUCUCAUAUGGGUGUACUUAUAGUUGUUCUGAACAAUCGCUUGAUGCAUUUGCUUGAAUGAUUUUUCAGGAGACAUAACAGCUCUCUUAAGUUUGUCAAAAGGUUAUUUCUGUUUCUGUAACCAUGGGCUGAUUUCAAGUUUGACACACUGUACUACAAAAGAAAUGAAAGUAAAUGUGUGAAUGUUGUGAAUGCUAUAGGUUUAUUAUGCUCUUGAAUUUCAGUUCCAUUUUUAGUGUUUUAUUCAUGUAGCCAUAAUGUGAAGUCACAACAAAAAGAUAGCAUUACAGUUCCUCAAAAUUGCAUCAACCAGCUUUCUUUGGACUUUCUGUUCUUCUAAAAAUCAAGACUAAAACAUUUUAGAUAGGCAUUGGGUGUUGUGGCAGGGA